AUGGUUAGAGAGGAACACAGCAUUCAGAAGUUUCGGUCUUUCCAUUUGAAGAGGAUGUUUGAGAUUCCAGGACGACAGGCUCAUAGUAUGAUCCUUGAGGGUGAAAAUGGUGGGGAUGAAAAGAUGCUGUCUAGAAGUCAACCUGCAAAGGCUGCAACAUUGGAGCCCCAGCAAAUAGGAUCUGUGUUUAGUCGGUCUACUGAUAAGGCUCCAAUAUCGCGAUUGAGCAGGGAAGGGGUAAUUACAGGAAGUCCCCGGAACCGGCCACAUUCAGAUUUGGAAUUGAUGAAGGAAAGGUUUGCUAAGCUGCUGUUGGGAGAAGAUAUGUCAGGUGGUGGGAAGGGUGUUUCAUCAGCUUUAGCUUUGUCAAAUGCCAUAACAAAUCUUGCUGCUUCUGUUUUUGGAGAACAAAGGAAGUUGGAACCCAUGUCUCCAGAUAGGAAAGCUAGGUGGAAAAAAGAGAUGGAUUGGCUUUUAUCAGUAACAGAUUACAUUGUCGAAUUGGUCCCUUCUCAACAAAAAUCUAAGGAUGGAACAAAUAUGGAGAUAAUGGUGACACAACAAAGAAUGGAUCUGCUCCUGAACAUCCCAGCCUUGCGCAAGCUCGACGCAAUGCUUAUUGGCUGUCUAGAUAACUUCAAAGACCAGAAUGAAUUCUGGUAUGUCUCGAGAGAUGCUGAUGAGUCUGAGCAAGGCAGCCAGAGAGAUGACAAAUGGUGGCUACCUACUGUGAAGGUUCCCCAAGAUGGGCUAUCAGAUAUGUCGCGAAAAUGGAUGCAAUUUCAAAAGGACUCUGUGAACCAAGUACUCAAAGCCUCCAUGGCCAUAAAUGCUCAAAUACUAUCAGAAAUGGAGAUCCCUGAGAACUACAUUGAAUCCCUCCCUAAGAAUGGUAGAUCGAGCCUCGGAGAAUCAAUCUAUAAGAGUAUAACAGAUGAAUUCUUUGAUCCUGAGGAUUUUCUUUCAACCAUGGACAUGUCAACAGAGCACAAAGUUCUCGACUUAAAGAAUAGAAUCGAGGCUUCUAUUGUGAUUUGGACAAGGAAAAUGCACCAGAAAGAUGGAAAGUCUUCUUGGAGUUCAGCUGUGAGAAUGGAGAAGAGAGAGCUCUUUGAAGAGAGAGCAGAGACCAUUUUACUCCUACUCAAACAGCGGUUCCCUGGAAUUCCUCAAUCAUCGUUAGACAUAAGUAAAAUUCAAUAUAACAUGGAUGUGGGAUAUUCAAUCCUAGAGAGCUAUUCAAGGGUACUGGAAAGCUUGGCCAACACAGUCAUGUCUCGUAUUGAAGAUGUUCUCUAUGCUGACUCUCUUGCUCUAGAUCCAUCACUGGCAAUGUCUGAAAGGAAAUCUUCAAUGGCAUGCUCGCCAAUGGCAGUACUGGGGAGUUCCCCGAGCCUUAGCGAAGAGCCAGAGAAGCUGGGUACUGCUGCAGAGACACCAACUUCAAAGACACUAUCUGAUUUCAUGGGUUGGAAUGCGGAUAAGGGAGAGACGGAAAUGAAAAUGAAUCAAUCAACAGAUGACUUGGAUGAUUCCGUUAAGGAUGAACAUGAGAAGUUCAUGAGCAAACUUGCUAACAUUGUGACCCACAAAAAAAUGUCUUACAUUGAGAAGCUCGAGAACUUCGGUGGCCUAAGAAGUCCAACCGCUCGCCAUUAGCAGUGGUAACGUAGAAGCAGAAUGAGCAAGGAGAAAAUGAAAAUUUUAAAAUAGAGGAAAGCUGAGAGACAGAUAAACAAGCAACUUAGUGUAGGUUUUGAUUUUUGAAUGUAAAUAUUCAGACCCACUGAAGCUGAAGUGAGUCAUCUAUUGGGUUAGAAUCACUUUUGUUGUUCUUCCUUCCUGUUCUGGAUAGGGAAGUAUAACUAAAUAUUGGGUUUGAUGCAUAUUAGAUGUCCUUUCUAGCUUAAUUGAUUUUUAGCUUCUGUAUAUUGUUCAAUGUUAAACAUCCAUAUUAGGUCUCUUUCAUUUGUUUUUCAAAGAUUCAUUGCC